AUGGCAUCUAACAAAACGGAAUCUACUAAAGUACCACAAAUUUCAUCUGCAAAUAAAGAUGAAAUUUUAUCUGUAUUUCAUCGUUAUGCAAAACAUGAUCAUCGUGAUGAACGUUAUAUGACACCACAUGAAUUUUUACAAGAUUAUUUAGGUUAUUUAGAAGGUGAUAAUAUUGAUCCAACAACACUUGAUAUACUUGCAUCCUUAGUUGAUUUAAAUAAAAAUCAAAAAAUAACAAUAGAUGAAUUUACUAAAUUUGAAUCAUUAUUAUUAGCACCAGAUUCAUUAUAUCGUCUUGCUUUUCAAUUAUUUGAUCGUCGUGGACAAGGUUUUAUAACAUUUGAUGAUUUUCAAUAUAUAAUAUCAGCAACAAAACAAUUUAAAGAAUUUCCAUAUAAUUUUGAUUCGGAUUUUAUUCGAAUGCAUUUUGGUGUUAAACGAGAACGACAAAUAACAUAUAAAGAAUUUACACAAAUAUUACAUGAUUUUAUUGAUGAACAAACAAUUCAAACAUUUCGUAAACUUGAUAAAACAAAUGAUGGUUAUAUAUCAUUAAAAAGUUUUGAAACUAUACUUAAAGAAAUACGACAAUAUCAAUUAUCAGAUUUUAUUUCAACACAUUUACAUGAUAUUGUUACAUUAUCAUCAUCAAGAGAAUCACCAUAUCAAAUAUCAUAUCCAUAUUUUACAGCAUUUUUACAUUUAUUAUCAAAUAUUGAAUCAAUGAGAAAAAUUUAUUUAGCUGUAUUUGAAAAAAAAGCACAUACAUAUAAAUCAUCAUUAAUAACAAAAGAAGAAUUUUUAACUGAAGCACAACAUUUUCCACGUACAACACCAUUACAAAUCGAUAUAUUAUUUGCUAUAACACGUUUAUUACAUCAACAUACUUUAAAUAGAGAUAUUACAACAGAAUAUAUUGAAUUAAAUGAUAUUGAUAUAAUAUGCGCUAAAGAACAUCUAUUACCAUAUCGAUUACGAUCAGAAAUUGUCGAUGAACAUUAUAAAAUUGGACAUCAAAGUGUUAUGAUGAAAAUUCUUGAAAGUGGUUACCGAUUUGGACUUGGUAGUAUUGCUGGUGCUGUUGGUGCUACGGCUGUUUAUCCUAUUGAUCUUGUAAAAACUCGUAUGCAAAAUCAACGAACUACAAGUAUUAUUGGUGAACGUCUUUAUAGAAAUUCUUUUGAUUGUUUUAAAAAAGUUAUUCGACAUGAAGGUGUAUUUGGUUUAUAUCGAGGUUUAAUUCCUCAAUUAGUUGGUGUUGCACCUGAAAAAGCUAUUAAAUUAACUAUGAAUGAUUUUAUUCGUGAUAGAUUAACAUUAACUGAUGGUACUAUUCCACUUUGGGCUGAAAUUGUUGCUGGUGGAUGUGCUGGUGCAUCUCAAGUAACAUUUACUAAUCCAUUAGAAAUAGUCAAAAUUCGUUUACAAGUUGCUGGUGAAAUUCAAUCUGUACGUCGUCCAGCUGCAAGUGAAGUUGUACGUGAACUUGGUUUUCGUGGUUUAUAUAAAGGUGCUCGUGCAUGUUUUCUUCGUGAUAUACCAUUUUCAGCUAUUUAUUUUCCUGCAUAUGCUCAUACAAAAAAAUAUUUUGCUGAUGAACAUGGUUAUAAUGAUCCAAAAAGUUUAUUUAUUUCUGGUCUUCUUGCUGGUAUACCAGCUGCUGGUCUAUGUACACCAGCUGAUGUUAUUAAAACACGUUUACAAGUUCAAGCACGAAAAGGACAAACAAAAUAUAAUGGUUUAAUAGAUGCGUUUAAAAAAAUUUAUAUUGAAGAAGGAUGGACAGCUUUUUGGAAAGGUGCUGGUGCACGUAUGUUUCGUUCAUCACCACAAUUUGGUUUUACAUUACUUACAUAUGAACUUCUUCAACGUGCAUUAAAUCUUGAUUUUCAAGGUAGAAAAUUAGAAGGUUCAAAACAUAUUGAUCGAGAACAAUAUUCACCUAAAUCACGUGCAUCAAUUAUACUUUCAAGUAAUCCUGAUCAUGUUGGUGGAUUUCAUUUAGCUCAAGCAACAUUUGAAGGUAUUGAAACACGUUUUGGUUUGACUUUUCCAAGAUAUAAAACAUCAACAUCGAAUGAGUCACCAUCAACAAUUCCUCCAUUGACUAAAUUACUCGGUGUUACUCCACAAAUUAAUACAUCAAAUUAG